AAACACAAUGUGGGGUUGAGAUUCACCACUGGAUAUUUCCUUUAAAAAUUGCUGAAACCCAAAAACCCCAAUAAAGAGUAAAAAUUAAACAAUGUGGGGGAUAUUUAUCAAAACAUGUGCAAAGGAAAAGUUGCCCAGUUGCCCAUAGCAACCAAUCAGAUCGCUUCUUUCAUUUUGCAGAGGCCUUGGUAAAAAUUAAAGAAGUGAUCUGAUUGGUUGCUAUGGGCAACUCAGCAACUUCCUCCCUGGACAGGUUUUGAUAACUCUCCCCCAGUGUAUUUGGGUUUCAUAUUAUUUUAAUAUUGACUCCCAAAAAAAUAAGCGGCUGUCAUUUUCUAUCUAAAUACGUUUUUGUCCUCUCAGUCCUCCAAAGCUGCAAUAACACCUAGGGGUCGCUGUAACGCUUUUGCUGUUUGUCCCUCUUCAGCUUCCGUCCGCGGCUCACCCCCCUCCUUCGUUUAUGAUACGCUCGCCUCAUCUGCGAAACCGUCCAAUCAGAUGGCAGCACUACAACUCCUGGCGUCCCCCGCGCAUGCGCAAUGUCGCCGGCGCGCCAUCUUGACAGCGGGAGCUGCAGUCAAACCCACUGGAUCUGUGUUGGCCGAGCGAUCCGUUGGCCCUCCGCCGUAUCGCAGGGAUAGGGACCCUACGUACACGUCUGGGGGCCGCUCACAGCGUGAGAGGAGCUGCAGGGAGUGAUGUCUUCUAGCGUUCUCCCCCUCAGGGCUGUGUGACUGCAGGGGACAGGAUGCCAGUGGUGUGGCCGACCCUGCUGGAUUUCAGUCGAGAUGAAUGCAAAAGGAUCCUCCGGAAACUGGAGCUGGAGGCGUACGCGGGUGUUAUCAGCGCUCUGCGUGCACAGGGCGACCUCAGCAAGGAGAAGAAAGACCUUCUGGGAGAACUCUCUAAGGUUCUGAGCAUUUCUACAGAGCGGCAUCGUGCGGAGGUCCGCAGAGCGGUGAAUGAUGAGCGCCUCACUACAAUUGCUCACAAUAUGUCCGGUCCGAACAGUUCCUCUGAAUGGUCCAUUGAAGGGCGGAGGUUGAUCCCUCUCAUGCCUCGCCUGGUUCCUCAGACGGCUUUUACAGCUGCUGCCAACGCCAUAGCUAACUCUGCCGGACAACAUAACUCCUCCCUGCCCGACCCUGCAGAGACUGGAAACAAGGAAGUGGUUGUGUGUUACUCUUACACCAGUACGACGUCCACACCUACAUCCACGCCUGUCCCCAGUGGAAGUGUGGCUACUGUCAAGUCCCCCCGACCUGCCAGUCCUGCCUCCAAUGUGGUCAUCCUGCCCAGCGGCAGCACAGUCUAUGUGAAAAGUGUCAACUGUUCGGACGACGACGAAAAGCCCCGAAAGCGACGGCGGACCAACUCCAACAGCUCCUCCCCCGUGGUCCUAAAAGAUGUGCCCAAACCCACCACCCCAGUCUCCAAGACAAUCACCGUGCCGGUCGCCAGCAGCCCCAAAAUGAGUAACCUUAUGCAGAGCAUCGCCAACUCUUUACCUCCGCACAUGUCCCCGGUGAAGAUUACUUUUUCUAAGCCCACCACCCAGACCACAAACACGUCCACCCAGAAGGUAAUAAUAGUCACCACCUCUCCCGGCUCUACAUUUGUCCCGAACAUUUUAUCCAAGUCUCACAACUACGCGGCGGUCACCAAACUGGUUCCCACGUCCGUCAUCACAUCCACCACGCAGAAGCCACCCAUGGUGGCCACCUCAGCCCAGUCCACCGCUGUCACUACUAUUAGUUUCACCAGCGGCACCUCCACUCCGGCGUCUACGGGAAGCAUCGCUGUCACCGCGGUGGUGUCCUCAACGCCGUCCCUUGUGAUGUCCUCGGUGGCGCAAAGUAUCUCAACGUCAACCAUGAAAGCCGCCGCCAACAGGCUGCCCUCCCCCAAGAGCCUGGUAGCGUCUCCCGGCCAAAUCCUUGCACAGUUUCCUAAGCAAUACCAGCAGUCACCGAAACACCAGAUCCAUCAGAUAUCGCAGCAGGUCCCGCCUCUGGCGCAGCCGCCAACCUUAUCCCACCCUGCUCCCCCCUCCGCACAGCAACAGGUGACCCAAGGGAUGAAACCCACCAUACAGAUUAAGCAGGAGUCUGGUGUCAAAAUAAUCACGCAACAAGUUCAGCCCAGUAAGAUCCUGCCAAAACCAGUGUCUGCAUCUCUGACGAACAGCAGCAACGCCCCGAUUAUGGUGGUCAGCAGCAACGGGGCCAUAAUGACGACUAAGCUGGUUAACACCCCCAGUGGGACACAGGCCACUUACACACGUCCGGCUGUCAGUUCGGCCCUCGGGGCUCGUAUGGCGGCUACUCCAGGUGCUACCUAUGUAAAGACGACCAGUGGGAGUAUUAUCACUGUGGUGCCAAAGUCUCUGGCCACACUGGGAGGCAAAAUCAUCACCAGCAACAUUGUAUCCGGUACAACCACAAAGAUCACCACUAUCCCCAUGACCUCUAAACCGAAUGUCAUUGUGGUGCAGAAAACCACCGGCAAAGGCACAACCAUACAGGGGAUCCCGGGGAAAAACGUAGUGACGACACUGCUGAACGCAGGGGUAAGUGUGGGGGAUAAGGCUCUUCAGGCCAUGACGCCUGGCACAAAGCCAGCAAUCAUCACCGCCACCCGGCCCAUCACCAAGAUGAUCGUCACCCAGCCCAAGGGUUUAGGGUCCGCAGUACAGCCGGCAACGAAGAUCAUUCCCACCAAAAUAGUGUAUGGACAGCAGGGGAAAACACAGGUCCUUAUAAAACCGAAGCCCGUCACAUUUCAGGCCACUGUCAUGAGUGAGCAGACCCGGCAGCUGGUUACUGAAACGCUGCAGCAAGCGUCACGGGUGGUGGAGACCACAAGUGCCACCAUCCAAGAAGUGAAGGAAGACACUGAGAGCAGUUCAUCGUCCACAGAGUCCUCCCAGAGCUCUCAAGGUGCCGUUGUCUACAUGUCAAAUUCCCAGCCGGUGGUCCACGUGAUUGCGUCUCGUGGUCAAGACUGGUCAGAACAUGAAAUAGCCAUGGACACCACUCCCACAAUAAUCUACCAAGACAUCGCAGGGGAGUCCCAGUCUGCAACGUCAACCAUCAAGGCCCUAAUGGAGCUGCAGCAGACCAGCGUGAAAGACAAAGCGGAUUUUAAGCCCCGCAGGCCGACUAUUGACCUCAGUCAGAUGGCUGUUCCUAUCCAGAUGGCCCCUGAUAAACACCAGACUGAAAGGUCUUCCAUUGCUGUGGUGGAAUCAGAAUUGGUUGCAGAAUACAUAUCUACAGGUAAGACGAGACCCGUGGCUUCCACCACCACCGUAAGUUCUGGAGACGUUCCUCUCACCUCGCUCCUCCAGGUCAGCCACCCGUCGCAGCACCACCACCACCUGCAGACGUCGCAGUCCUCUCGUACUCUGCUGCAGCACAUGUCGCAGUCUCAGAGCGCAGCGCAGACGUCGGUGGUGGUAAAAUCUCUUCCCACCUCCUCUAGCGGGGCCAUCACACACAUAAUGCAUCAGGCAUUGAGCAGCCACACCGCGUUCAAGAGAACAGAAGAGACUGUGACGGAAGAAGGGGAAGUGGAAGAAAUGGACACGCUGGAUCCCCAGACCGGACUCUUCUACAGAUCCGCCUUGGCUCAGAGGCAGCAGAAACAAAUCCACCUGCACCAGGAGGGGGCGCACCUCCAAGUGAAGACGGUCCAGUCCCUGCAGACCAAGCAGAAGCAGAUCAUCCAGCUCCAGCCGGAGCAGAUCCAGCAUAAGAUCCAGCAGACGGCCCAGCUGUCCAUCCGACAGCAGAAGAUCACCCCCCUACAGCAGGAGCACAUCCAGCAGCACACGCAGCGCCACAUGCUGGUCAAAGAGAGGCAUAUCCCAUCGCUGGUAUCUCAGCCCCAACAGACUGUAGUGCAGGUGCUGGCCGUAAAGACAACCCAGCAGCUGCCGAAACUACAGCAGGUCGCAGGUCAACAGAAGAUCUACAUGCAGUCGCAGCUCUCCCAGACCCCGAUGCAGAUCCCAGUGUCAUCAGAGAAGCAGAUGGUCAGCCAGCCCAUUGUAUCACAGGGUUCUGCUGUUACGAAGAUCACAUUUGAGGGACAUCAACCGCCCACUGUUUCGAAAGCAACCAUAAGCGAAUGUCUACCGAAGCUCACCCCUGCCAUGGCCAGUCUCCUCCCUGGGGUGUCAAUGGCGGACAAGGCCUCCGUCGCGGAUAUACUGAAGAUGUCCAUGAUGGAAGCCGAUAUUGAUACGAAUGUUGAACCCAUGAUUGUGGAUCCUCCAUGUAAAGUAGCCCCUAUUAUUAAACCCAUGCCAGUUUUAACGGAGGCGGCCAUACCUCCUCAGGUGCAGAGGUUAUCUACACCAAGUGCAGUGACUACAACCAACGUACCGCCACCUCCUAAAUGCUUCCCAGCCCCCAUUAUUACCGCAACCUCUUCCACUGCGCUGCCAGUACCGUUGCCUCCGCCACCUCCACUUACCAGGAAGGUAGAUGUCCCUGUGGCCAGUCAGAUCAUUCAGAUCCAGAAUAUUCCACAGGCUCCAAAGAGAACGGAAGAAAUGCCUUCUGAAAUCAUUAUACAGACCAUCCCGCAGUAUCCCAUCCCCUGUCACUCCAGCUCCAAUGUUGUGGUGGAGCCCAGCGGCCUCCUGGAGAUGAAUAACUUCACCAGUCAGCGGCUCGGAGAUGAGGACACGGUCAUCAUUCACGACAGCGACAUCAACACGGACGAGAGGACACAGUGUAAACCGUCGCUCAAUAUCGAGCACGCGUAGCGGCCACGGAAAAUAUUUUGUGGCCUCUUAGACUGAGAAGACGAA